AUGAUUAACGGAGAAAAUUCUUUGUUCAUUACUUGGAAUGAUUUUUCAUACAAACGAUAUCGAUUAAUUACUGAUCAUCAACCGGGUGGAUGGAAGCCGUAUGCAUCCAAAAAAGAUACUGAACUUUUCGAACGAGGCCAAAUAGGAAAUGAUGAACUUAAAAUCAUACCGGUGACAUUACAAUCCCAUCGAUCAUGGUAUUUAGAAGAAUGGUACUAUUUUUUUCGGUUGCUAGAAAGUGAUUUUGUUCAAAUUGGCUGGGAAAUAACUGGAUUUAAUUCGAGUAUAACAAUUGAAAUUGCUAAUGAUAAAUAUUCGUGA